CGACGACGACGACGCCGCUGCUGCUCGUCUCGUCUCGUCUCGUCGUGGCUUCAGAAUCGUCGACACUCCGAGAGCUCCGAAUUCUGCCGUCGAGGAUUCGUCUCUCCUCGCUUCUGUUCUCGUGGUUGUGCGCAGCUCGACUAUGGUGCUGUUUCUCCCGUAUUGAUCAGGACUGGAGCUGGUUGCUCUAGUGAGGAGUCAGGCUCGAAGGCCGUGCGCGCGAGGAGGAGGAAAUUCGUAAUAUCGCGGGCAGAAUUUGGCGCUCAGAUGUCCCUUUCUCGUGGUCGUCGGAGGGUCGGUGGGUAUUUAUGUGAAUACAUGUGAAAAAAAAGCAGACUGCGGGCCUGUGCGGGCGAGCCAACGAGCGUUGGCUGCCUCUCCUGCGUUUGGUAUUACGAUACAUUGCACUGUAAUUGCCCACUGGCCAUCUCUUCACCACCUGAAAAUAAACCCAAAAACAAAGGACGUACAAAAGUUGCCUCCCCUUUCGACCUUCGGACGGACGAAUUGCAGUUGACCAGCAGAGACAGCCUCUGCUACGGUAUGCGUGGCAGUGUUACAGAAGAGGUCGCUAUGAGGUGGAGGACAGGAAUUCACUAAUGUAGAUUAUGGGCAUCAUCGUUGGGGGCGCUGGUGGUGGUGAGAUUUAGGAAAGCUCUGCAAUCAUGGGAUGGGCACAACCGAGCAGGCAGGAGGAAUGGGAACGGAUGCUCCAGCCUGUUAAGGGAUGGUGUUCGCCCGAAUUUCGGCUUAAGGACGUGGAAUGGCUUGCUGGGAAAAUAUCGUCGUCCAGUGCGCAGCUCUGGGCCAGGAAAAGGCUAGGGAGCGUAGGCCGCCAGCAGAAGAAUAAGAGAUUCGUACGAGUAUCGUUUCCUUUGAAAGUGGGUCUGGGAACAGGAAUUGGAGGCGUAGACCCUUCUGCUUUCGCUUUGCAACUUGUGCAAGUGAAAGUUGGAGCUGACAUUUGCAAUGGAGAACCACCGACUGAACGAGAUUCCAUAUUCAGUCGAAGGAGUCUGCCUUUCAAGCGAAGACGCAGUUUGGAGUUUGCGGGCAAUGUGGCCAAUGCCGCGAGUAUCCUUCUCGUUUCACAGGCUUUCUGCGGUCCACUCAUCUCUUGUGCCAUGGGGAUCAUGGCUGUGGCAGAACUCACUCGGUUUGCGAUUUCAAGAGUGACCCAAUUUAUGAACAAUGAUUCUCAAAAUGCAACACAAAUGGUUGAUUUGAAUCUGCCUUCGAGACUGCGGGAGUUCUCGGCUGCUUCUCUGCUAUUGUCAAUCGGAGUUCCUCUUCUCAAGCACCAGCAUCCCGAGUUACAUUACACUCUUGAAUGCGUUGGCGCAGCCUUACCUGUUGCUGUCGGCUACGCUCAAACAAAGGCAACGGUGAAGAAGAUUCCACCAGGAAAUGCCGGGUUGGCCGAGAGGUUAUGGAGGUCUCGACACCGUUGGGCAGCAAAACGCCUGUGUUCAUACAUGACUGACUUUCACCAUCCUCCCAGAAUAGGGUGGUUGAUUGACAUAUGGGAGGAUACCACGUUCAUAAUCUCUCCCAGAGGUUUGAUCAUCGGCUCCACUGCUCUGCCACUCAUCUCCUCGAAAAAAUGUAAUGAUGGUGGACGAAAUGUAUACAGGGAAGAAACAAUCUCCAAACAAGUCGUGAAUGUCACAAGCACAUCUGAGGCCGUGGACGAUCGGACAACUAAUCUCUCUGCUCCUCUAAAGGACGAACAUUUUGGUGAAGUGUCAAGAUGGAAUGCAGGAGCAGACGACAUUUACUUGGAGUUUAGUGUUGUCCACAGUGGUUGGAGGAGUGUACAACAAAGAUCGUCCCUCAUAUUCAGGGCAUGCUAUCUUGUGCUAGUGUUCGGUCCUCUUAUAAUACUCGGCCCUGUAAUCUACUUCAUGUCUUCAGUUUUUAUAACUGCGUGGACUCUCCAAUUUAGGAAGGUACUCUGGUGGCUUCUCCGGUAUUGUCUAGAAAGAGGUGGAGCGGCGUUCAUAAAGUGGGGCCAGUGGUCUGCCACUAGAGAGGAUCUUUUUCCUGAGGACAUGUGUUUGUAUCUCGGACGUCUUCACGAUCGAGCCCCCGAGCACAGUUACAGUCAAACGAGGAAAGCUGUGCUUGAAAAUCUCGGUCGCCCUAUAGAAGAUAUAUUUGUCGAUUUUCCAAAAAGGCCUUGCGCAUCAGGGAGCAUAGCUCAGGUUUACAGAGCAAAGUUGAAGGAUCAACGAGAUGGGAUGCCAAGUGAGGUCGCCGUUAAAGUUAGGCAUCCUUCUGUUGCUCUGCGUAUAUUUCAAGAUUUUCAAAUCAUGUCAGCGUUGGCAAACUGGGCUCAAGAACUGCCCGCUCUUCGGUGGCUCAAGCUCAGAGAGAGUGUGGACCAGUUCUCUCACACUCUAACUGCUCAGGCGGAUCUAAGGGUGGAGGCAGAGAAUCUCGCAAGGUUUCAAAAGAAUUUUGAAAGUUUGCAUUCCACGGUUAUAUUUCCAAAGCUGAUUCCUGACCUUGUGUCUGAAGGCGUGAUUGUCGAGAGUUUUGAAAGGGGAUCAGCAUUGCAUGAGUUUUUAAGACACCGCAGCUCUCUCAACACACAGAUCGCAGCCGUAGGCGUUGAUACAUACCUGAAGAUGAUGCUUACAGACAAUUUCGUUCACACGGAUCUACACCCAGGAAAUAUACUGGCCCGAAGUACUGGUGACUCUGAAGGAAUACAACAGAAACUUCAACUUGUGCUUCUCGACUUUGGUCUAGCUGAGGAACUAUCUCCUUCUGUACGGCACCAUUUUAUCUCAUUCAUCAUGAUGAUCGGGGCUGGAAAUGGAGAAAGAGCGGCAUAUCAUCUACUUCAAUUUUCAUGGCCACACGAGCAAACUUGCAGGACACCUGAACUCCUGGCGAAGGAUAUGAAAGACCUCUUCAAUCGAGAAUGUAAUCUAGAGCGCCAUCCUAUUGAUCUCAAUAAGGUUCUCAUAAAGGUUUUGCAGCUGUGCCGGAAGCACGAGGUGACGAUUGACAGUGCUUAUGCGUCGUUAGUAGUGGCUGUCUGCGUCCUGGUGGGCUUUGCAAGAAGCUUGGACCCGGAAUUGUCGAUCAUGGAUGCCGCUGUGCCAUGUUUAUUUUUGUAUAAUCUCACAGGCCGCAUCCAAGGACGCAUAUAUGGCUAGCUAGGCAGCUCUGGAGGAGUUUUUUGUACACGUUAAUAGAUGUCUUGAAGACAUCCGGGAUUGUAAAUUACAAAUAGAAUCGGACUUAAGCUCUGUUCGGAGCUUCUAAAAUAUGGAGGCAAGCUGAUCGUGGCGAGAGAAGAAAGUAUCUCUCAGUAUCCGCCAGCAGACUUUGACUACUGUAGAAGUAAAUAGCACCGUUGGAUAAAGUAAACCUGCAAUGCCGAGGCAAAAUUGUAGGUGUGUAAGACUGCACCAUCAGUUGGCAUCGCAAAAUAUACCCACUGUACAUAAGUAUAUCAAGUUUAUAAUGGGUCUCUUUGCAGGUGUACCGAACUUGGUCUCUGAUGGAGUUGGUCGAAGAACACUGAUGAAUGAUGUCAACUGUUGAAGCGGAGCAGUCUCUACACAACGAGUCAUGUUUGGAUCGUGGGAGUGGCUC